AUGUCUUCAGAAAUACGAUACAAGCUUUCUGCUGAGAAAUAUUUCAACCACUUAAGAGAGAUUAAGAAAGAUCAUUUGUACCACGUGGGAGCAGGUGUCGUCCUGAUAACUCCUGGUGUAGGUUUCGUCCUCGGACCAGUUUGUGAAGAAGAAAGCGUUAAAAUAACAACAGUUAAGAUCUUAAAAGUGAUGAGCGCAGCUUCCUCGCAUCAGAACGAAUUAUCGAAACAAUUGAAACUUUUAAGUGACAAUGAUAAAAAUCAGGAAGAUGAAUGGUUUGGUAGUCAGGUCAAAAAUCCCCCAAACGAGUUACGUAGUUCAGAAAAAAUGAGUAAUUUAGGGGAUGUUUUCAAUAAUGUCGCAACGGAUCUGUCAAUGAAUUACUUCGCUCGUACUAAGAUAUACGGAUAA